UGAUGUUUAAUCCCAGUGUGUGGAGCGUAAAACAGGCACGUGCUCGCGUUAUCAUUGUCUCCUCAGGGGAGGUAAAUAAAAGGUUUUCCCAAAGCUCCUCAGUGAUGAAGUCUGAUAGGUGAGUGCUCAGGGCAGCAGGACGGAGCUGCAUGACGGUCGGUCUGACGCGCAGAGCUGCGUUCUUGGUCGCAUCUUGGAGCUUUUGGACAUUUGGCCGUUGCUUCAGACACUGUCUGCCGUGCAUGUGUCCGAUGAUCUCAUGAUGUGCUUGAAAGAUGCCGCUGCUUGUUGCGAAUGUUGCGGAAAACUUGUAGAGGACUGUUCGUCUUGCUGCUAUUAGUGUUGGAGUGGACCCGUCCAGGCCUACCGUCCCCACUAAGGCCAAUCUGUGACCUGAGGGUCCUGAACCAUUUCAUUCAGGAAGCACGAGACGCAGAAGUCACUAUGAAGUUAUGCAGAGAAGGAUGUGGUCUAACAGAGGCUGCGUCUGUUCCCCAAACUACUGUCAACUUUGAUGACUGGGAGAAGAAAAAUGCAACGGAGCAAGCUCAGGAAGUGCAGACUGGAUUGUGGCUUUUACAACAGGCCCUCAGCCUACUACGGACAUCGAUGACAAACUCAGAACUUAACAGCCACAUAGAAAACACCAUCAGAAACCUACACAGCAUCACUGCUGUACUGCGAAGCCUCAACUUUCAAGAAUAUACCCCACCUGCCAGUACUGUGGGACUGGAGGGAACAUGGAGGGUGUCCUCAGCUGCAGAACUGCUUCAAGUUCACCUCAAUUUCCUGCGAGGCAAAGUACGCCUUCUUCUUUUGGAUGCACAGGCUUGUCAGCAAGACGUCAGCUGAUCAGCAGACUGGCUCACUCCAAGCCAAAAAUACUUUGUUUUUUUCCAAAGGCACGUCGAGAAACUUGAGUCUGUUAACCUGCAUGAUGGCAGCUGGAUGCAGUUUAAGGCAAGUCCUCAACUAUAAGGUAAAGGCUGGAGGAAAAGGACUGUCCCAGCGAGGCUUGGAUGGACAGGAGAUGGCUGCGCCAUGGAAUGUAAAUGUGUCUCGUGGACGUGUUGAAGCACACACUUGCCAAAAAGAUGCCUUUGGAAAGCUCUGCUCCAAUCGUUGUUCUACAGGCACGCUUUUGCACUUUUUGAGUGGAUGUAAAUGUUGUGUGAGUUGAGACUAAACUUUUCAGUAUGUCUGUCUGUUCAUAGUGGAAAAGUAAAUUGGAACACCUUAGAAAUAUAGAUAGCACCUGGAAAUUGGACUCUUUAGAUUGCAAAGAUGCCUCAGAGAUAUUAGUCUUGUCUGUUGGAAUUGGUCAGUAAAUAUUUUAUUAUUUUUAAGUUGUGUAGAAACUAUUUAUAUAGAUUUUUCUAUUUGUAGGCUACUGUCUUUGUGUAACAGGUCCUUACCAGUUUAAACAAUCACAUUGUCAUGCUCACUUUUUGUACACUGGAAAUUUUGCACAGAUUUGCAACAUAAAGCUGCUCUCCCUUUUUCUAAA